AUGGCUUCGCGUCUGGCUAAGAGCGCCAUUGGUGCUACCCGGCUCCGGCCGACUCUUCCCGUGCGCAAUGUCGCUGCUGUCACUCCCAACCUGACUUCGUCUCGUUCGGCCUCCAACGUUCCCGUCGAGGACCCCAAGAAGAAGGCUCAGUCCAUCCUCGACGCCCUUCCCGGCAGCUCUCUGGUCUCCAAGACUGCCAUCCUCUCCGCUGCCGCCGGUCUUUCUGUCGCCGCCAUCAGCAACGAACUCUAUGUUAUGAACGAGGAAACCGUUGCCGCCUUCUGUCUUCUCAGCGUCUUCACUGCCGUUGCCAAGUAUGGUGGUCCCGUCUACAGCGAGUGGGCUCAGGGUCAGGUCCAGAAGCACAAGGAUAUCUUGAACGCUGCCCGUGCCGACCACACCAACGCUGUCAAGGCUCGCAUGGACAACGUCAAGGAGCUGUCCGGUGUUGUUGAUAUCACCAAGCAGCUUUUCGCUGUUUCUCGGGAAACCGCCCAGCUUGAGGCUAAGGCCUAUGAACUUGAGCAGCGCACCGCUCUGGCUGCUGAGGCCAAGUCCGUCCUUGACUCGUGGGUCCGCUAUGAGUCCCAGGUUAAGCAGCGCCAGCAGCGUGAGCUUGCCGACUCUGUCAUUAGCAAGAUCCAGAAGGAUCUUGAGAACCCCAAGGUUCUCCAGCAGAUCCUUCAGCAGAGCGUUGCUGAUGUCGAGCGCAUCAUGUCUGCCAAGGCCCAGUAA